UAGCAUUCAUUUAUGACUUUGGUGGGCUGCUCUGAUUGAAAAGCAGGCUGGCUUUAUCAGGGCAUGGGCACAAGUGAUCUAACACUGCAAACAAAAUGCUGCUUCUAGCUUCAGCUUUUUUUCUAACACUACUGCAGUGCUCUAAUGCCCAAAAUGAAGCAAGCAUUACACCUGCAGACUGUAACACCAUUGAAAGAGAUGCAGGAGUGGCCCUGGAUUUGCUCAACAGGCAUCGCAGAGAUGGUUAUGUUUUUGGUUUAUUCCGUGUUGCUGAUGCACAUGAACUACAUUUAGGAAAUUCAACAGUCCUCUACUUAACUUUGGAUGUGCUGGAAACUGAAUGCUCUCUCUUAUCCAGAAGACACUGGGAGUCCUGUGAAUACAGUGACACCUACCCAAUGGACUUUGGGCAAUGUAAGAUUAUAACAUAUACAAACCAUCUGCUGAAGAAACCUCAACUAUAUGGAUUUAAUUGUACAUUAAGUCCAGUUCCAUCUGACUUAGUAGAGUGCAAAGAUUGUCCUGUGAAACUUGAACUCUUAGAAGUCACUGAGCAACAUAAAGAUAUUGCUGAAAAGGCCCUGAAGAAAUUCAACAGUGAAGGUAACCACACAAACAGCUUCGCUGUGGAUAAAGUUGAAAGAGUUUUAAAGAUGACUGCCUCCCGUCAAGGUCACAUUUUAGGAUUCUCUAUAAAAGAGACCAACUGUUCCAAAUCUACGCAGGAAACAGAUCAGGCAUUGGAAUGUGAUUUUCUGCAUGACUGGCAUGCUCACACCGGAUUCUGCAAAGCAAGAAUUAUCAGUGAUGCAGAUGAAGCUGAUGGUACAGAUAUAAGCUGUGAAAUCUACAAUCCCUGGCACCAUGGCUGUGGGCGAAGAGGGAAAUAUUCAGCUCUGGGACAUCCACACAGACAUCCCCAUUAUCAUCCUUUUGGUCAAAGACAUCGCCAUAAGCAUCACCACAGACAUGAAUGUCCCCCCUCUUCUCAGUCCAGACCUGAAGACCCUGAGCACAACCCCAAAUCCAUCAAGGAAGAUCAAGACAGCAACAAAGAACCUUCUUCUCCCCCUCCUCCCCAUGAUGAGCCAGACCACCACCAUCCUACUCCACCUCCUCAUGGAUCAGAUCACGACCACCCUCCUCACCACCACGGACCACCCUGUCCUCCUCCCCACCAUCAUGGACCAGAUCAUGACCACCCUCCUCACCACCACGGACCACCCUGUCCUCCUCCCCACCAUCAUGGACCAGAUCAUGACCACCCUCCUCACCACCAUGGACCACCCUGUCCCCCUCCUCAUGGCCCAGGUCACCACCACCGUCCUCACCACCAUGGACCACCCUGUCCUCCUCCUCAUCACUGGCAUCACUAUCACAGACAUCAUCACAACAAGACAAGCAUACCAGGAAAGUAUUUUCCAUGCCAUGUGACAGGAACUGUCUAUCGCAUCCCAGUUCUAAAUCAGCAGGAUUCUCUCACACCUCCCACUGCAAACUUUCCUGAACUAUCCCAAUGCAAUCUUUACUUUUCCAGCACUGGCUCAAAACUAAAGGAAACAGCAGAUAUUCCAAGCUUUCCAGAUCACCCUACACAAUCAAAAUUAUGUCCUGGAAAACCCAAGCUUGACCUUCCAAAAAUUUUGCCUUUAUUUCCUCGUAGCUUUGUAACAGAAAAUUCUCCUAUAUGACCUCAGAGAAAGCUGUUCCUAGCUUGAUAAUUUCAGGGCAAUCACCAUCCUACAGUCAGAAAACAGCACAUGGAGAAGUGGGAAAAGCAUUCAAUUUCUAGGAAGGAGAAUCACUGAAAAUAAUAAUUAAGUAUUUCAACCUGCUUCUUCAUCCUAUCUCAAGCUCCACUGUAACUGAAAGGCUCAAAAUUCUGAGUCCCUCAGAUAAUGGGAACAGAUAUAAACCUCCCCAGUAUACAAUGCUCCUUCAGUUCUAACAAAAAGGAAAAUUCCCUAAUAGUGCAAAUUACCAUCUAAAAUAUUUCAAUUUUUUCAUCAUUCAUAAUUAUAAUGUACUUCUCCAAGGAAUCUGACCUAGAUGAAAUUUGACUGCUUUCCAUAAAAAGUAAUCCCUGACACUGAAUUCAUGCUUUAUACAGAAUUAAAGAAAAAAAAAUACAAGAA